UGUGUUUAUCUUUGAUAUGUCAUUGUUGGAAUUAUUAUGACAGUGCAGUAGAUGAAAAAUGGUUCGUAAAGAUUCUGCAGUUCUAGAACCUGAGCAGGCUCUCAUAUUUGCAAAAAAACUUUUGUGCAAUAAAGUGUUUUUGGGACAUUAUCAAGAGAGAAGAUAUGUGGAUUCAUUAAAGUCGUACAGAGAUGUUGUUCUUAUCGACGAAGGUGAAAGUGAUUUAAAGUCACAGCUGGACAUUGUGAAACAACAUAUGGCAAUAUACUGUGGCCCCAGUAUUUCGUGGAUUGGUAUAACAGGUCCAGAUGUGGUUGGUGCACCAAAUGGCUAUGCCGUGUGGGUGAAACUACAUGAAAUGCCAUUUGGAAAGUACUGGUUCCAGAUAAAGAGUAUCAAAAUCUCCCAGAGUUGUGAAGUUGUUAUUAGCUUGAAACGUGUCAGAAAGGACAAACAUAGUGGUAAUGAAACUAAAGAUGAGCUGGAAGAGGACAACUCAUUGAGAUCAGUCUCGUCAAUUCUUGUUGACUUUUUCAGUUAUGGAACUGCCAAAAAUCUAGUAAAUAGAAUAACUUCAGAGUUGACGACAGAAAAUGUUAGUAAAACAGUUUGUUUUAUAACAGUGCUUUUAAUUACUGUACUAGCAGGGCUUCUGCAUUUAGUGAAGCUACUGGGAUUUUUUUCUUUGAAAUUCCUGCACCAGCUGACAAUUCUUUUGCAAGUACUGACUCCUUACUUCUUAGGAAUUAUGGAUUUCUUAAGUAAGUGUGUUGGUGGUCUGUACAUUUUGAUAGCAAUGAUGUGGAGAGAUAGGGGGGUACCUCAACAUUCUCGGAUACAAAUAUUCCCAAUGCCGAUUCCAAAACAGAGACGGGUAAAACCCCUCCCACUCCAGUUUUAAAAAUUGGAUAAAAUAAGACUCAACCACUGCUGUGCAGAGGUACACCCUCAAUGUGGGUUCCAAAAAAACUGAUGGGGCAAUGAAAUUCACACCAGUUUUAAAGUUUUUAAA